AUGCUAAAAGCAGAACAAUUUUGCGAAAAGGAUAUCUAUCAAAGUCGAUUAUAUAUUGGGGAGAAACAUUCCGAUGUUCUGGUCAUUUGGAGUCCCCUAAAAACUAGAUCUUUACGGAAAUUAGAAUUAUGUUCCAGCCUUAAUGGACAGCAAUUUGCCCGACAUUGCAACUACCGCGAACAAUCUGUGAGUGGCUCGUGGGAUAUUGUGGACGAACACCAUGAAUUUGCCAAUUGUUCCGCAAUUAAUCGCAACUGUAAAGGUGAACAAUUUCAACAGUACAAUAUAGGAAAAAAUAAACAACGUACGAAAAUAAAAAAUAGGUGGCAAUCGGCACAGUUGGAUGAAUUGGCGAUAACACAUGAACCAUGUUUGCUACCCACAGGAUUACCAUUCACCAGGCGAUGUGUUUACAAUGCCAAGGACUACGGUGCCGCCUGGGAAUACAAUAAGGAUUUGGAGAAUGUCCGCUGUCUGGUGGGAAUAAAUGAGAACAUUAUAACAUUUGAUUUGUAUACAUUGCUAAAUGAAGCCAAGAAUCCUCCGCAUGGAGUCGACGCCCGCAGUAUUCUUUCGAAACUACGAAAUCUAUUGGCAAAAUCAGGAACAGUACGUAUCCCAGCCGAUUUGGAAAUUUCCACACACAUUUUAAAAACAAUUUUAUCAAAAAAUCUAAAUACACUCGAUUUGCCGCAUGCACUGGAUACCGUGAAUCUGUUAAUGGAAUCUCCGGCCAAUGUUAUACGUGCUUCCCAUGAACUGCAGACCCCCAAUUCCUUAAUUAAUGUUUUGAGCGAUUAUCUCGACGCUAUGGCCCUUAAAACAUUUGAGGAACACGAUUGUCGUCUAAUACCAAAUGGAGUAUAUCGGCACACCACAAACCUAAUUAGUGUUUUCUUUAUAAAUACGUUGUGUUCGAAUUUGAGUGGCAUUGCCAUAUAUAGUACAUUGGCCCAUCCCUCAGCAGAUAUGUAUUAUGAUGCGAAUCUUCAUAGUUAUAUACGCUACUUGCAUAUGCAUGAGUCACUCGAUGAGCUCACAGUGGAUCCACAUAUUCAAUUGAUCGCCUACAUACCACAAACGACAUGGCAAACCACAAUCAUAAAUAAUGCAGCAAAUAAUAAAUUCGAUAUUAUACGAAUAUCGUUGUAUACGAAUGGCAACAUGUUCAACGGCCGUGGAUUUCAAGUGGAUAGUAACGUAAUAUCCAUGUCAAUACCGGGAUAUAAUGGUGAUUUAUCGGAAAAAAUACCAUUUAUUGUGCAUUAUAAGAAAAACGAUGCAGAAUCAAAUCCGCAAUGUGGAGCAUUUUUAAAUAACAAAUGGACAAGAAAUAGCGAAUCAAAAGCUCUGCAAGAAAAUCUUCUACUAUGCGAAACGGCACAUCUGAGACCCUUAGCUGCCAUUAGACGAGUGGAAGAUGAUAUAACUGUUGCCGAAAUUCCGGCAGUGCUCACGAUAUUCGGUGACUCAACUGUCGAUUUUGUUUCUAUUGUCGGUUGCGGUUUAACGCUGUUGGGUCUAUUGUGCUUGUGGACACUGGCCUUGUGCUGCACACAUUGGCGUUCGCGUACAUCAAAUCAGCUCUUGUUGAAUUUGAGUUUUGUUGUCACCCUAAUUAUGGUGUAUUUUCUUAUCAUGAAUAUAUCGAGUGUGUGGAAUGUUGUGGUCGACAUCAAUAAGAAUUAUCAUUGUGUAGCGAUGGGAGCAUUUCUUCAGUACACCAUUCUGGUACUGGUGCUGUGGAUGCUGUUCAUAGUGAUUUUACAAUAUCAACGUUAUAAGACAAUUGUGGGCGUUAUACGCUCCUCUAAUUUUGUGGCCAAAUAUGCGAUGGCAGCAUGGGGCCUACCCAUUAUACCCGUUGCAUUACUUAUUGCCUUUGAUUCCAAAUCUGUGGUGAAGGGUAUAAUAAUUGGGUUUGCUGAAUUUAAACGUGGCCGUACAAGCAUUGAAGAUGAACCACGUAGUGGACGUCCAAAAACAGCAACAACAACAACAGAAAUUGUAGCCAAAGUGCGUGAUAUGGUAUUAAAUGAUCGCCGAAUAAAAGUUCAUGAAAUUGCUAAUGUCAUGGGCAUCUCAAAUGAUCGAGUCCAUUUAAUUUUGCAUGAAGAACUGCAGAUGAAAAGGCUUUCUGCAAGAUGGGUGCCGCACAAGAGUGUUUUAACAAUGGCUAAAAUCAACGAAUUAUAG